UGUUCCAGCCUACAGUAUAUUCUGCUGCUUAUCCGGGGGAUGUCACACCGCUGCUAUUUUCUCCCCUCAGUCCUUCUCACUCUCAGCCUACAGCUCAAGCGGACUGACACGGGGCUUUGGAUAGAAAGAAACGAACAAUAAGAUACAAAACCGAGGCCAAAAUGGCAGAGCUUGGAGCGGGAAGCCUGUCGUUAGGGGAUCCUGCGUUUAAUUAUCAGGAACACGAGCUGAACGAGCGGCUGAAACGGCUGUACCCGGCUGUGAACGAGGAAGAGACCCCUUUACCCCGAUCCUGGAGCCCCAAGGAUAAAUACAGCUACAUUGGGCUGUCACAGAACAACCUGCGGGUCCAUUACAAAGGCCAUGGGAAGAACCACAAGGACGCAGCAUCAGUGCGAGCCACACACCCGAUCCCUGCUGCCUGUGGGAUCUACUACUUUGAAGUCAAGAUUGUCAGCAAAGGUCGAGACGGGUACAUGGGCAUUGGCCUGUCUGCCCAGGGAGUCAACAUGAACAGAUUGCCUGGAUGGGACAAGCACUCAUACGGUUACCAUGGAGAUGACGGCCACUCCUUCUGCUCCUCCGGGACCGGCCAACCAUACGGCCCGACAUUCACCACAGGGGACGUGAUCGGAUGUUGUGUUAACCUCAUCAACAACACUUGCUUUUACACCAAAAAUGGCAUCAGUUUAGGUGUAGCCUUCACAGACCUCCCUCCCAACCUGUACCCCACAGUGGGGCUUCAAACUCCGGGGGAGAUCGUAGACGCUAACUUUGGCCAGCAGCCGUUUGUCUUCGACAUUGAGGACUACAUGAGCGAAUGGCGGGCCAAGAUCCACGGCAUGAUCGCUCGCUUCCCCAUAGGAGAGAGGCUGGGGGAGUGGCAGUCUGUCCUGCAGAAUAUGGUUUCCAGCUACCUAGUGCAUCAUGGGUACUGUGCCACUGCAACAGCCUUCGCCAGAGCCACAGAGACCAUGAUACAAGAGGACCAGACAUCUAUAAAGAACAGACAGAAGAUACAGAAGCUGGUGCUUGCGGGACGGGUGGGUGAAGCCAUAGAUGCUACUCAGCAGCUUUAUCCCGGCCUGUUAGAACACAACCCCAACCUACUAUUCAUGUUGAAGUGUCGUCAGUUUGUGGAGAUGGUGAACGGUACAGACAGCGAGGUUCGCUGCUUGGCCAUUCGCUCCCCCAAGUCCCAGGACAGCUACCCUGGCUCACCCAGCCUCAGCCCCCGCCACGGAGCCAGCAACACACACCUGCACACCGGAGAAGCAGACAGCCCAACCUGCAGUAACGGAGUGACUCCCCCCAACAAGUCAAAGAGCCACAGUGGCACAGGCAGCAGCAGCAUCAAAUACCCCAGCGUGUCCUCCUCCGCCUCCUCUUCCACCUCCUCCUCCCCUUCCUCCGUCAACUACUCUGAGUCCAACUCCUCCGACUCCACGAAGAGCCAGCCACACAGCGCCAAUAGCACCCAGGAAACCAGUGACAGUGAGAUGGAGAUUGAAGCAGAGCACUAUACAAACGGGGUUGUUGAGGGCUCCUCAGCGCGGAUCAUGAAUGGCACAUACAAACACGAAGAGAUCCUUCAGCCAGACGACAACAGUAUUGGCAAUGGGGUCACAGAUGAGGGUUGUAGUAAUGGUAGACAGCUCUGUGGAGGCAACCAGGCAGCCACAGAGAGGAUGAUCCAUUUUGGAAGGGAGCUGCAGGCGCUAAAUGAACAGCUGUGCCGGGAGUAUGGCAAAAAUGCCACACACAAGAAGAUGUUACAGGAUGCAUUCAGCCUGCUAGCGUACUCGGACCCGUGGAACUGCCCCGUGGGCCAGCAGUUAGACCCUACACAGAGAGAAUCACUCUGCUCCGCACUCAACAGCGCCAUACUUGAGUCUCAAAAUCUGCCUAAGCAGCCUCCACUGAUGUUAGCGCUCGGCCAAGCCACAGAGUGUGUUCAACUCAUGGCCCGAGUCCGGUCUGGUUCCUGCUCCUUUGCCAGAGUAGACAACUUUUUGCACUAGCCCAGGUCCAGGUUAAUGUUAAAGUAGCACUGAGAGAAGAAGGCAUGUCCAGCAGGUAGUUGUCGUGGCAACGGGGGAAAGAGCAUGCGUGUGAUUGGGGUGUUUGGCUGUCCGUCAUACCGAGCCAGCUGCAAAGAUAGAGGAACAGAGGAGAGCGGGAGAGACGAAAGCUUCCUUUUAAUUUAGUAUUAUCAAAUAAAGAAAUGUGUGACACUAUUUAAAGAUAAUUAAUUAUUAUUCUGUUUAUCUAGCCAUUUUAUAGUUCUUUUUUUGUCAGUUUGUUGUGCUCAUCCUGGACAAAACAAAUUGUAAAUUCCCUUUUUAUUUUUUCUUCUGUUUUAAUGGGUGGAUUUUUAUUACCUUUGUUCAGUACUUUACACACAUUGUUGUUGUUCACCAUAUCACAGACCACAAUACCCCCCCCACAUCUGGCUACCACAGUAACCUCCACAACUGUAGGUCAACUUAACAAAACCUGAGGUAUAUUAACAUCAUCUUUGAUAAGAUACAGAAGACAGACAGACUGUUAGCCCUUUAUCCUUCUAAAAUACUACAAAGUGCGUUCAUUACUGAAAUACAUUCAGCGAACGACUGCUCGCAUGAAAAACACCAUUGAUUGUGUGGAGCGGAUGAUUAGCUCUGGUAAUGGCUGAUGCCGUUCAGUAGUUAACAUUGCCGCUGAUGUAAAAUAGAAAAUGGACAAAAAAUAUUCUUAUUACAAGCUUGGAAAUAACAAUGGAGUUGUGUGUCACAGUUUUGGAAUCCCCUUAGAGCAAAAUACUUUGCAUGAACAGGUUAACAACAUCCUGAACAAAGCAUCACCUGUGUAAUAAAAUAGAAUCGAAGGGCCUCAGAACUGCCAGUAACUAGGUGGAGAGGGUGAUGACAAGGGUUACAAUUGGAAUAUUGAGGUGUUGGGGGUCUUAAUUUUACUGGAACAACCACAGCUCCGACCAAUCAGUGAUGUGGUUGCAUGGGGCAGAGCUCAGCACCAGCUGCAGGUAAAACACAUGCUCUCAAAUCCCAACAUAACACUAUUAUCCUGGUUUGCCUUGAUACCAGCAUAAAGAAAAUCACUCUCAAAGGCAGACUAACAAGCACAGGGUAUGGCUGGCUAAAAGUCAAGUAGCCCCUGGGGAUUUUUCAUUUAUUUAUAUAUUUUUUAUUUUUUUGCCUGACCUGCUCUGGUGCAUGUGCUGUCGCAAGUGGAAUUUUAAAUAAAGCGGUAAAAUAAUUUGCCCAACAAGAAGGUUUUUAAGUCUUGGGUGUUAAUCGUGUGAUAAUUAAGUUACAGUCAAACAGUUUCUCACUGUUAAUUUCAUUCUGGGCAUUUAAUACAAAACCCUCUCAAAGGUUGUUAAAACCACCUGAGUGAGUUAAGG